AUGGCCCCUGAUGAAGCUCUCCAGUACAAGGGUUUAGUCAAACUCCUUCUGUAUUUAGGAUGGAACUGGAUAGGACUUGUCAUUGUGGAUGAUAAACAUGGAGAACAUUUCAUACGAACUCUGGAACCCAUGCUCUCGCAAAAUAAAAUCUGCUCCGAAUUCACCGAAAGGAUUGACAGAAAUUUACAAUCUUCCGAACUCCAUUCAUUUCUGCAGAGAAUUUCCUUCAACAACAAUGCUGGAGAUGAAAUUAAAUUCAAUAAAGACGGAGCAUUGGAAGCUGGAUUUGACAUUGUAAAUUUGGUUACUUUCCCAAACAACUCCUAUAUCAACAUCCCAGUUGGAGAAAUAGAUCCGCAAGCUCCUCCUGGAGAAAUAUUUCUUAUUCAUCAAGAUAAAAUCCAGUGGCAUCAUGGAUUCACUCAGCUACCUCCUCUCUCAUUAUGUAAUGACCCUUGUCCUCUUGGAAAAAGAAAGAACAAGAUCGAAGGGCGGAAAUUUUGCUGCUACACUUGUGCGCCGUGUCCAGAAAAGAUGAUAUCUAGACAAAUGGACAUGGAGAAUUGUGACAAUUGUCCAAAGUAUCAAUUUCCAAAUGAAGCUCAUGAUGAGUGCAUUCCAAAGACAAUUAAUUUCCUCUCCUUUGAAGAACCACUGGGCAUUACUCUGGUUUCUCUGACUCUUCUCUUUUCCCUAGUUACAGCUUUAGUGUUUAUAAUCUUCAUCAAGCAACGGGAUACUCCCAUUGUCAAAGCCAACAAUCGCAACCUCACCUAUAUUCUACUUAUCUCCCUCUUUCUCUGUUUCCUCUGCUCACUUCUGUUCAUUGGACAGCCCAAUAAGGUGACCUGCCUCCUCCGACAAACAACAUUCGGUAUCAUCUUCUCUAUUGCAAUCUCUUCUAUAUUGGCCAAAACCAUCACAGUUGUUGUAGCGUUCCUAGCAUCAAAGCCAGGAAGCCUAUUCCACAAAUGGGUGGGGCAAAAGUUGGCCUAUUCUAUUAUCUGUUUCUGUUCCUUCAUUCAAGUUGGUAUUUGUGCCAUUUGGCUUGGUACUUCUCCCCCAUUUCCAGAUUUGGACAUGGAGACACUCUAUGGAGAAAUCAUCACAGAAUGUCAUGAAGGCUCCAUCACCAUGUUUUACUGUGUUUUGAGCUACAUGGGCCUGUUGGCUCUUCUCAGCUUCACUGUGGCCUUCCUAGCCAGGAAGUUGCCAGAUAGUUUUAAUGAAGCCAAGUUCAUCACUUUCAGCAUGCUGGUUUUCUGCAAUGUUUGGCUGACCUUUGUCCCCAGCUACCUGAGCACCAAAGGGAAAUACGUGGUGGCUGUGGAGAUCUUCUCUAUCCUGUCUUCCAGUGCUGGCUUACUGGGAUGCAUCUUUAUCCCCAAAAUCUAUAUCAUUAUACUGAGGCCUGAGCUCAACACUAGAGAGUAUUUAACAUAUAAGAAAUAG